AUGAAAUAUCCUCCUUCAGGAUCUCCUGCGGAACGACUUUGUCAGCGGAUCGAGCUCAGUGAGGACUCCAGAGAUUGUCGUCCCGGUGCCGCGGUCUCUCCGCUGACCCCUCUGGACCCAUUUCGGCAGGCGAAGCGGCUCCCCAUCCGAGUCAUCAAGAUGUUGACCGCGCACACCGGACACUUGCUACACCCGGAAUAUUUACAGCCUCUUACCUCCGCCCCAGUGAGCAUUGAGCUGGAUGCCAAGAAGAGCCCCCUGGCCCUGCUGGCUCAGACCUGCUCUCAGAUCGGUAAACCCGACCCCCCGUCCUCCUCCAAGUUGGGCUCCUCCUGCAGCCAGGGGGAAAAGGAGCCCGGCAGCCGCUCGUCCGCCUCCGGCCUGAAGCUGGGGGAGCACCGCCCCUCCCUGGAGGACAAAUCCAGCUUCAAGCCCUACAACAAAAGCAGCGGAGACUGUCGCAGGGACGGAAUCAGCACCACCAACCCCCCCGGCGGUGGCUCCAGCUCCGAUAAAGCGGGCUUCCGGGUACCCAGCAGCAACAGCGCCCCCACCGGCGGAGGUUCAGGCGGCAGCCAGCAGCCCUACCCCCCCCACGCCGCCUCCCCCGGCUCCCGGGGGAGCAGCGGCAGCCCCCCGGGCCACGGCCAGCAGCUCCACAGACGCAGCCACUCCCCGGGGGGGCGGCCCGCCUCGCAGCCCCCGGCGGCCGGCGGCGGCGGCGGCGGGGGCGGGGGGGACCCCCCCCACGAGCACGCCAGCCCCGCCGGCGGCAAGAAGGACGCCGAGGCGGGCAAGGCCCGGCCCGAGAGCCCCCACCACGCCAACUCCAGCCACGUCCGGGCCAGCACGAACUGCAGCAACGGCAGCUCGGACGGGGGCUCCGCCCACGAGGGGGGGAAGGCGGAGCCGGCCCCCGCGGGCCUGGGCCCCGGCCGCAUCACCCCCAUCUCCCCCUACAAGUCGGCCCAGCCCCUCUUCCCCCUGCCCCCCUCCAACAUGGGCUACCACGGAUCGGUCAUGGGGGGCUACGGGGGCUACCCGUCCCAGUUCGUGCCGGGCCUGGACCCGUCGAAGCCCGGCCUGGGCGUGGGGGGCAUGGGAGGGAAGCACCCCAGCUCCAGCCCCCUCACGGGGGCCUCCCCGCCCUCCUUCAUGCAGGGCCUGUGCCGGGACCCGUACUGUCUGAGCUACCCCAGCGUCCCCCACCUGGGGGGCAGCAACUGCAACUCCUGCAUUCACGACCCCUCCUCCGGCCUCAAGUCCGGCUUCCCGCUGGUCUACCCCUCCCACCCGCUCCACUCCCUCCACCAGGGCUCCCUGUCGUCCAGCGUGUCCUCCUCCCUCUCCCACCCCCUGUACACGUACGGCUUCAUGCUCCCCAACGACCCCCUGCCCCACGCCUGCAACUGGGUGUCGGCCGGGGGGCCGUGCGACAAGCGCUUCGCCACCUCGGACGAACUCCUGGCCCACCUGCGCACCCACACUGCUCUGCCCGUGGGGAUGGACAGCAAGCUCCUCUCCGGGUCCUCCUCCGGACCCGCCUCCUGCCACCUGCACCUGCCGCACCAGGGCAGCCCGGGCUCCAUGCCGGGCUCCCUGUCCCUCAGAGCCCCCCCGGGCCUGGGUUUGGCCCGCUACCACCCCUACAGCAAGGUCCACCUCCCCUCGGGGCCCUCGUCCAUCUCCCUGCACUCGCUGCCCGCCACGGGUCCGUACUACCCCCACUACGCUCUCUACAGUCAAAGACUCGGAUCCGCCGCCGCUCUCGGAUACCAGUGA